GAUUGAACACGAUAUUGAACCAACACACGAACGUCUUGUAUCCGAAGGCAAUACUACAAACAAAGGUCGAAUGAAAACUGAUGUAAUUGGAGUCCGGCUUUCAGACAGUCGGCAGGUUGUUUUUUUGGAAAUGAGCGGUGCUCCAACAGAUUUUUUAAAGGUGCACUCAGUUGAAGACACAUGUAAGACGCUUCAAGAACGAAUUGAUUCCCUAAACUCAAUGCUUUUAAACUAUUUGAAUUGUGACGUAAGAUUCGCAGGGAGAAUUCGUUCACUUACGAUUCAGGGAAUUAGAGACCGACUAACUCUUAGAACGAUAUUUUUAAGAGGAAAAGAUGACUAUAAGGAUGAAGAAGAAUUUUCUGCGAUUUUUCCACUUAGUUGGGACUUCCGGUUCCAAUUCAUUGAAAUAUUUGAAUUGAUGGAGUUCGUAAUCGUAUCCGUUUUAGAAUAUCCAAGUGUCAUAAGGGAACUAAUUAAGCAUCCAGCAACCUCACCUGAAUUUUCAAUCCGAAACUGCAUUUCAUGUUCAUAG